AUGAUUUCUCCAAUGAUUCAAAAAGAUAUUGUGAGUGCGUGUAAAAUAGAGACCGUUAAAGCUAUUCUGGAGGAAUUAAAUGGUGAUUACUUUGUCUUGCUAGUUGAUGAAUCCUUUGAUGUGUCACGCAAGGAGAAAAUGGCUAUUGUAUUUCGGUAUAUUGAUAAAAAGGGAUUUGUGAUGGAGCGACUUAUUGACAUUGUUCAUGUUCAAGAUACUAGUGUUUCAUCUCUAAAGGAGGCAAUUGUUAAUUUACUUGCUCAACAUUCUUUGAGUCCAUCAAGUGUGCGUGGACAAUGUUAUGAUGAGGCAAGAAAUAUGCAAGUCUUUUGCAAUAUUAUUGAUUGGCAACUUCAAGAACUUAAUGAUCGUUUUGAUGAAGUGACUAUCGAUUUGCUCCAUGGAAUUGCUUGCUUAAAUCCAAUUAACUCAUUUUCAAGUUUUGACAUCAAAAAAGUAAUGAAAAUAGCAAAAUUAUAUCCGGAUGACUUUGAUGAAUCUAAUAUGAGUGCUCUUGAGAAUCAACUUGCAAGUUAUGUUAUUGAUGUUCGUGAUAUUAAUGAAAGGUUCUCCGGUCUAAAUGGGCUCUGUGAUCUUUCCAAAAGAUUAGUUCAGACAAAGAAACAUUCUACUUAUCCUUUGGUAUUCCGCUUAGUGAAACUUGCUCUACUUUUAUCAGUUGCCACUGUCUCCAUUGAAAGAUCUUUUUCGGCAAUGAAGUUUAUCAAAAAUGACUUGCGGAGCCAAAUGAGUGAUGAUUCUUUUAGUGGUUGUUUGGUGCCUUAUUUAGAAAAAGAUGUAUUUGAUAGUAUUUCUAAUGAUGCUAUUAUUAAGACAUUUCAAGAUAUGAAACCUCGUAGAAUACAAUUGUAA